AUGAAAUCAACUUUUACAAGGUCUGCAUAAAGAAGUUUAGAAGAGCAACCAAUUAGUUCUUAAUUCAAAGCAUCCUCUCAGUUACAUGCUGCUCUUCUUAAUGAGUAUAAACGACCUGAAAAUUCUUCUAUGCCUAAAGUGACACUUACAUCUACAGGAAAAGAAGCUGUCAGAUAAGCUAGACUUGAAAAAGAAGUUUAAAAAUUUGAAUAUACUUUGUAAUCUGAAGUUGCUUCAUUACCUAAACAUCCAGCACCUAUAUAUAGAGAACAAACUAAAGUAAGUUAUCAAAAUUUAAUAUCAAGUUACUUAUUGAAAGACAAAAGGAUACUAGAAGAGAGAAUCAUUUAAAGUUUUGUGAUGAAUUUGAGAAAUGGGUUAAUCGUCUAAAUAAAAAUUUAGAAGAGGCCUAUAAAGAUAUUAAAAGAGAUAUUACAGAUUUCUUUUCUGAAUCAGAUCAAUAAAUAACUAAUUAUUAUCAAACACUUACUGAUGAAGCCUUACUUAAAAGGGAAAUAGAAUUUGUAGAGAGUAUCCAUUCAACUGUGAAUGCACAUAGAGAAAAAAGAGAAACCAAAGUUAACACGCUUGAUAAAAGACUAGAAGAUUUAGAAAAAGAGAGAUUUAGAUCCUUAGAACUAUUCUGUAAUAGAUUUUAAGAAGGUCUAAUUGAUGUGGCAUUCUAAUUAGAACCUGAAAUAACUGCGCAUGUGGAUGUAUGAGCUCUUAUUAUACAUUCAGACUUUCAGAGAAGAGUUUCGAAAGGUUGUGGCAGAGAAGAGAGCAGACAAUUAAGUCUAUGUUCAAGAGGUCAAUAGAUAGCAUUAAGAGACAUUUAAAUAGUAUGACGAGACACAAAUUUAGAAAGAAUAACGAUGGAGAGAUUUAAAACAUUAACAUUACAUUGAAGAAUUUAAUGUUGAUAUUUAGAAAUUAGAAUAUGUAUAUCCUGAUGAAAGAACAUAAUUAUAUGAUAAAUUUAGGAAAACAUAAAAGGAUAUAUUUAGAGAAAGAAAACAAUUAUUAGAGAAACUUAAUUCAUAUGAUUUAGCUGCAUUAACAAAAACAAUAGUUGAAAAGUGGAUAGAUGAAACUAAAUCAUAUAAUGAAUUAGCAUCAUAAACAAUUGAUGUUUGUUGUAAUAAUUUAUUAGAGGAAACUAAAAAAACACAUAAUUAUUGUAUGUAAAGAUAUGAAUUAAUCAAAUCAUAAUUAUUAUAUGCAAGAGCAAAAUCAGAAGAAGAAUUAAAUUAAUUAUUAGAAGAAUAAUUCCUACCAUAAGUUAAUGGUUUAAAUCAAUCUGCUAGAGAUUUAAUGAAAUAAGCUAUUGAUUAUUAUGAAAGAAUUGAUCAAUAAUAAACUGAUAUACUCACUAAUUAUGGAUAAUUCUUUAUGAAAAUAGCAACUAAAAAUGAUGAAUACAAAACUGAAAUGCAAUUAUUAAUGCAUAAUUAUGAAAUACAAAAAGCAUAAGCAGCAGAUAAAAAUGAUGAAGUCUUAGAAGAAUUAACCAAAAAGUUAAAGGAAGAUAAGUAAAAACUAACUGAAGCAUUACAUCAUCCUCGUUUAGAAGAAUGUUUAACCUAAUGUUAUAAGGAUUUAGACUAAUUUGGAGAAGAAUAUGAAAGAUUUCAUUAAGAUAAUUAGUCUAUAGCUAAUUAACAUCCAAAUAUCAUCAAAAAUAAACAUUAAAUAUUUGAAAAAUAAGUGUUAAAUAUCUUUGAAUUAGUUGAUCCAUAAAAGGAAUAAUUCCUAUAAGAAAAAUAUAGAAGGAUAGCUGAAACAAAAAUAAAAUAUUUAAUUGCUAAAGAAGAAUAUAAUAAAAAAAUAGAAGAAGAGAAAUUAAUUGAAGAAGCCAAGAAUAAAAAAGGAGGUAAACCUCCUGCUACAAAACCUAAAGAUCCAAAAAAGUAUUAAUAAGUAAAUAUAGUAGAUUUUAAUAAGAAUUAGAGGAUAGAAUGAAAUAAUUAUUAAAGGAAUAACCACCCUAAGAAGUAUCUAAAUAUCAUAGUUCCCUUGAUUAAUAAUUUGUAUUGUUUAGAUCUACAAAUGAAAUUGCAGAACGUCUGUACAUUCCUCCAGAUGAAAUGGAAUAAGUACUAGCUAAAGAAAAGUAAGAAGCUGAUGAAAUUGAAUCUUAUUUAUAAUAAUAGAAUGCACCAAAAGAUCCUAAAGCAAAACCUACAGCUCCCCCUCCUAUUGAAUUACCUAAUUAUAUUCCAGAAGAGGAUGUUCCUAAGAAAUCAGUUGAUUUUGCUGAACAACCUCCUAUAAAUGUGUUAAAUUAAGCUGUUUUAGAAAAGGAUGCAAUAAUAACAAUAGAAUAUUUAUCAACAUUAUUAAAUUAAACCAAAUAGAAAUUAUUUGAUUAUAUAACUAGUUGUCUUAACUUUUAAAAUUAAUAAGCUAAUGAAAGUGAUAAUGAAUUUAUAAAAUAAUCUGAAAAUCAGAGAAAUGAAAAGUAAUCUUAAAUUGAACCAUAAAAAUAAGAAAUCAAAAAUACUAUAUAUAUAUUAAGAAGUUAAUAAAUUACAAUGCAUAAAAAAAGGUAAAAUAAAAUAUUAAUUAAUUAGAUAUGAACGAUAUGCAAAGUAAUUAGUAGAAAGGAUUGAUGAUCAAACAGAAUAGAUUAAUUUUUUAUUGGAAGGUGGAUUAUUGGAUAUGAAAGAUUAUAUAUAAGAGUAGUAAACAUUAAAAAAUAAUUUAUAAUCAGCAACAACUUUAGCCAAAUUAUAAGGAAUUCAAAAUACUGUUAAAGAGAACUAUUUUAAAUUUGGAGAAAGUAAUAUUGUUAAUUUAUAAUAGAAAUUAAUGAUUUAGAAUAGAAAUUAAGUUAUUUGGCAAAUUAAGAAUUGGAUGUAUUAUUAUAAAAAAAUAAAGAUUUUAUGAGAGAUUGCAAACCAAAUGAAUAUUUUAAAGAAGAAUUAGAAUGGUAUCAAUAAAUGAUGGAUGAACAUAAUGCUACAAUUGUUAAACAUAAAGAGAAAAGAACAUAAAGAUUAGAAGAAAUUAAAAAAGUAUUGACAGCAAAAAAAUAAGAAUAAUUGGAUAAAUUUGAAUAAGAAUAUAUAAUAGCAGUUGAAGAUUUAGCAGCUAAAGAUGGUACUGGAAAGAAAUAUGGAAGACCUAAAAGAAUAGCUUAAGAAAAAUUAAGAACAGAAAUGACUAAAUGUGAAAAAGCAUAGGAAUGCAUCAAUUUGAAAAUACAAGAAUUAAAAGAUCAUUAUGAUUUAUUCAAAAAAAAAUAAGGUGAUUAUUUUGCUAAUCUUGAACCAUCAUUUUCUAUAAAAAUUAGAAAAAUAUUGAGUGGAACCUUAAUUUGUAUCAAAAGAUAUGCAAAUCAUAUUGAAGCACUUAAACCAGAUAAUAAAGUUGUAGAUAUGCCAAGGACUACUUGGAAGGAAAAUAAAUUUGAUACUAUUUUAGAAGUUGAAGAAUAAUAAGAAGAUAAAAAAAUAAUUGAAAAUGAUUUAGAAAGUAUGGGACCAUUAUUUUAUGCUGAAAAGAAAUUAUAAGAAAGUUUAUUAGAUAUUGAAAAGAUAAUUAAAGAAGAAGCAAUUAAAAUUUAUGCAGAUAAAUAAAAAUUCUUAACUGGAACUGAUAAAAUUCCAGAUUAUCUUAGAGCAUAUAUUGAGAAUAUGUAAAGGAAUAUGAAUGAAUUUAGAAUAUAAUCAAUUAGAGAACUUAGGAAUGCUUGUGAAGAAUUAUCAGAAAUGUCACCAAAAAUUAGUGAGAUGAUAUUAUUAUCAAAUCAUUAAAGAUGGAUAUUCACAUUAUCAUUAAUAAAUACUAAUUUAUGGAAUGAAUUAUAAAAGGAAUAAAAUAAAUAAGAGAAUCUUAAAAAAUUACAUUAAAAAUUAUUAAGACCUAAUUUAGGAAAUCCAUAAUUAAAAGAAGAAUUAGAAGAUUUAAAAUAAAAAGAAUCAAANUAAGAAUUGGAUGUAUUAUUAUAAAAAAAUAAAGAUUUUAUGAGAGAUUGCAAACCAAAUGAAUAUUUUAAAGAAGAAUUAGAAUGGUAUCAAUAAAUGAUGGAUGAACAUAAUGCUACAAUUGUUAAACAUAAAGAGAAAAGAACAUAAAGAUUAGAAGAAAUUAAAAAAGUAUUGACAGCUAAAAAAUAAGAAUAAUUGGAUAAAUUUGAAUAAGAAUAUAUAAUAGCAGUUGAAGAUUUAGCAGCUAAAGAUGGUACUGGAAAGAAAUAUGGAAGACCUAAAAGAAUAGCUUAAGAAAAAUUAAGAACAGAAAUGACUAAAUGUGAAAAAGCAUAAGAAUGUAUCAAUUUGAAAAUACAAGAAUUGAAAGAUCAUUAUGAUUUAUUCAAAAAUAAAUAAGGUGAUUAUUUUGCUAAUCUUGAACCAUCAUUUUCUAUAAAAAUUAGAAAAAUAUUGAGUGGAACCUUAAUUUGUAUCAAAAGAUAUGCAAAUCAUAUUGAAGCACUUAAACCAGAUAAUAAAGUUGUAGAUAUGCCAAGGACUACUUGGAAGGAAAAUAAAUUUGAUACUAUUUUAGAAGUUGAAGAAUAAUAAGAAGAUAAAAAAAUAAUUGAAAAUGAUUUAGAAAGUAUGGGACCAUUAUUUUAUGCUGAAAAGAAAUUAUAAGAAAGUUUAUUAGAUAUUGAAAAGAUAAUUAAAGAAGAAGCAAUUAAAAUUUAUGCAGAUAAAUAAAAAUUCUUAACUGGAACUGAUAAAAUUCCAGAUUAUCUUAGAGCAUAUAUUGAGAAUAUGUAAAGGAAUAUGAAUGAAUUUAGAAUAUAAUCAAUUAGAGAACUUAGGAAUGCUUGUGAAGAAUUAUCAGAAAUGUCACCAAAAAUUAGUGAGAUGAUAUUAUUAUCAAAUCAUUAAAGAUGGAUAUUCACAUUAUCAUUAAUAAAUACUAAUUUAUGGAAUGAAUUAUAAAAGGAAUAAAAUAAAUAAGAGAAUCUUAAAAAAUUACAUUAAAAAUUAUUAAGACCUAAUUUAGGAAAUCCAUAAUUAAAAGAAGAAUUAGAUGAUUUAAAAUAAAAAGAAUCAAAAAGAUUAUCUGAUUUUUUGGAAUUAUUAUCAAAAUAUUAAGUAACUCUUUUUGAUGAAAAUUUCAAUUAAGGAGACAAAUAUUUGAAAGCUGCAAAUUAAAAUUUUGAAUUUUUAUUACUUUUUUAUGAUUCACUCUUAUUAUUUGAAGAUUUUAUUAAAUUACCUGGAGAUGAAUAAAUAUAAAAAAAACAUUAAAAUUUGAAAGUCUCUUUGAGAUAAAAGUAGAGUGGUUAAAUAAUAGAUACAAAUUCAGAAAGAUCUCUAAGUAAAACUUGGGAAGGUGUUUAAUUGGAAAUGUUUACUAUAGGAGAUAGAAUUAUAUAAUAUAAUUGGCAAAUCAAUUAAGUAGUAAAAGUAGAUCCAAAGGAUGCAAAAAAUAAAGCUCCCGAAGCUAAGAAACCAGCUCCAGGAGGAAAACAAUAAGAAAUUGAGAAACCCAUUUAGACAACUACAACGUAUUUAAUUUAAUAAACUUUAGACCAUUAAAAUCAUUUAAGACAUUUAGAUAAAUAUCAGCCAAACAUGAAUUUUUUAAAUCAAUUAAUGAAUUUGUUAUUGAAUACAAGAAAUAAGUAGAUUAUGCAAAAGAUUAAAUAAAAUUACUUAGUGAAAGAGAGUUAAAGUUCUAAUUCAAAUGGGAAUAAAGCAUUGCUUCUUUGUGA